AUGUCGUUUUCUAGGGAACUAAAUUUAUGGUUGAAAUUAAGGUUUAAUGUUGGUUACGCUGGUCGGAAAUCACACCCCUUGUCUCCUACUGCUGAUCACUCUAUUUCAGAAAGAAAUCAUACUAAAAAUUAUACUUUAAAUUUUAUAAUAACAGUUUUUCCCUUAAAAAUAGCCCGAACCAAUUCCCCAUUUAUGCGUGAAUGGGGAAUUAUAGUGCUCUCCACAAAGUCUCUGAUGAAUAAAAAAUAUCCAUAG